AUGGCACUUAUUCCACGAAACUAUAAUGGGUAUCCGAUGGAAUUUGCCCCGUCAGCCAGAGGCUACCGUAGAGGUUAUGGAAACUAUGGCUACUAUGGGACGAGACCACUCCAACAUCAAUCUAACUAUCAGAUGACUGCUCCUCAGUUUAUGCAUCCAGCAUAUCAGCCUUAUCCUCAUUACGAUUAUGGUUAUGGACCGUAUUAUAAAGGAGCACCAAAUAUGAUGCAAUCAAAUAAAAAAGCGGGACUCGGUACACAGUUCGCUAUGCUUGUAAAUGAUGUGGAAAGACAGCUCGAGUAUGAAGCUUAUAUGAGACGUUUACGUGCCCUCCUAAAUAAUCAACAAAGACUUUAUACUACACAACAGCCAUAUGUCCCAAGGCCAAUUUAUCAGCCACAAGGAUCUUAUGACGGUCCCCCUAUUGGUUAUGAGAGAGAAAUUAGAUAUCAACCUUAUCCAGUGUACAUCACGAAACCUAACCUUUACACCGGGCGUACAACCGGCGCUCUCAAAUAUGUCAUUGUUCCCGUUUCAUAUCCUUUUAUUCAACCAUCGAUGGGACCAUUAACAAUGCCGCCAUUUCUGUUCAGUCGAAUGGCGCAACCUCUUUGCUCUUUGCCUCUUCCGCCACCGCUGCCUCCGAUUUCUUAUUUACCAUUAGCGCCUAUACUGCAACAAAUGGUAAUGCAGCGCUAUUCAAAUCCUGUUGCUGUUUAUCCGUUUGCGUCAAUAAUGCAAAACUCGUUCUGUAUGAAUAAUGAACUACAGCAACAACAAGUAGCAAUGCAAGCGUAUCAGUUUAAUCAGUUUAAUCGAGGUUUUGUACCUCCUCCACCACAGUCAAUGUUUACUCCACAAGCGUGUAUGAUCAAUCAACAACAGUUCGUGUUGCCCAUGAUUCCAAUGAGUUCAAUGGUGCCGCCUCAACAACAACAAAUUAUGCCUAUUCCAUAUCUUCCAAUUUCACAACAGCAACAGAUAGUACCUUCUCCAUAUCUUCCAAUUUCACAACAGCAACAGAUAGUACCUUCUCUUAAUCAAUCACAUCAAUUUAUAUCGAGUUCGGUAUCGCAGCCUAUAAAUUUUCAACAACAAAUAACAGCGCCGAUGAUUCAACCACAAGAACUGGCAUCGAGUUCCUUAGUACCGCCUGUAUUAUCUGCUUUAUCAACUCCGCAACAACAAAUAAUGGCUCAAAUAUUAUCUAAUUCUUUGAUGCAGUCCAUGCAACCCAAUUCAUAUUUACCAUCAGCACCACAACAACAAAUAACAGCGCCGAUUAUUCAACCACAACAACUGGCAUCGAAUCCUUUAACGCAGCCUGUAUUAUCUGCUUUAUCAACUCCGCAACAACAAAUAAUGGCUCAAACAUUUUCCAAUUCUUUAAUGCAGCCCAGUUCAUAUUUACCAUCAGCACCACAACAACAAUAUGGUACCUCAGUGAUAUGCCGAGCAUGUGUCCCUAUGCCACCACCUUUGAAUAUACCUGUUAAUGGCAAUUGUUGGAUUCAACAUUGUUCGUGCUGUCAUCAUAUUCCAAAUGACAUGGGAAAUGAAAGAAGAAGUGGAAGAGUUACACCCUUACUUCGACAUCCGGUAGUUCCUCAAUUCUUACCUGACCCACACCAACAUUUACUCAACCCACCUGCUCUACUUCGACCAUGGUUGCGCAAAACUCCACCUCUUCCUCCAGGAUCUAUAUUAUUAUCCGAUGAAUAUUUUGAAAUUCCAGAACGUAAACGGAAAUAUCGAGUAUCAUCUUGGAUGCUUCAGCCACAGAGGCCAAACGCCAACAAAGACAUAAGAUCAGCAACAAGCAACGAGAGUAUUCAUCUUGUUAAUAUUCCUGGAACAAAUGAAAAUCUAUCGCCACUCAUUCAACGAAUAGUAGGAGAAAAAGUUGUAUUUAAACCAAAAGAACAGGAGCUAAGUGAAUUAACCAACUCAUUGUCAUCAUCGACAGUGUCAACGGAACCUGAUAAGCAUAAAAAAGAUGAAUUGUCUUCUUCACGCUAUCGAUCUACCACUGUCGAUUUCCGAAACAAUAAUAUUCCUACAUCAUAUCGUUAUCAUAGUCGACCUAAAUCGAAAACACGUGCUGCUAAAUUGCAAACGUCAUCCAAAAUGAAUCCACCGACACUACAUUUUAAUUAUUAUCCACCAGAGGUUCAAUCUGUUGUCUACACCAGUAAUAAAUAUAGUAAAUCAUCAAGUGAAAAUUCGACUCCAGUUCGUACGGUAACACACAAACCAAUUCCUGAAGCUUCAAACAAACGUUUAGACAAUAUCUUGGACUUGUUUUCAGAUACAGAAAUUGAUUGGAAUGCCUAUAUGCAAGAAGUUGAAGGUGUAACAAAUGGUACCUAUGAUUAUUUUAAAUUAGAAGGAGAUACAGGACCACUCGUGUAUCCAGCGGGUUUUGUUUAUGUUUACUUAUUAUUCUAUUACGUGACCAAUCUCGGCAAAAACAUACGUUUAGCACAAUAUUUAUUUGCUGUCAUCUAUAUCUUUAUGAUGGUCACGCUAUUUACUAUUUACUAUAAAAAUAAAAAAGUUCCUCCAUAUGCUUACAUAUUCAUGUGUUUAACUUCCUAUCGCAUCCAUUCAAUAUUUGUAUUGAGAUUAUUCAAUGAUCCAAUUGCAAUGACUUUACUCUAUGUUUCAAUUGUUCUCUUUCAGAAAAGGCAAUGGUUAACUGGAUGUCUCCUCUACAGCGCGGCUGUCUCAAUUAAAAUGAAUAUUUUACUAAUGGCACCGGGUCUUUUUAUUAUUCUUCUGUUGUCUGUUGGAAUACAAAAUACAAUCAAAUACAUUGGAUAUUGUGCUGCAUUACAGUUAAUUUUAGGUUUACCAUUUUUGUUAACAAAUCCAAUUGCAUACAUUUUACGUUCAUUUGAUUUUGGUCGACAAUUUUUUUAUAUCUGGACUGUUAAUUGGCGUCUUAUACCUGAAUACAUAUUUCUUAAUCGAUAUUUUCAUUUAACUUUAUUAGGUUUACACGUAUGCGUAUUAUUAUAUGUUUGCCGUUAUCAAUGGCUUGGACUUUCAAUUUUGGGUAUAAUUGAACUUUGUUGGAAUAUUUAUCCGUCAACAAUACCAAGUAGUCUUGUUUUACAUUUGUGCCAUAUUUAUCUAUUAACAAAAUUAAUUCUAACACUGAAAAUAGAUCAAAGUGAUAUUGAUCAUAGAGAGCGUAAAAUGACUUAA